AUGGCGAAGAAGAAGAGUCGUCCGAGAGGAAACGAACCCGAAGUAAACGAAAACGGCGAACCGCUUCCUUUGCAGCCUGCCAGUGGCGUUCUCGAACUUCACCCCAACGGCUACGGCUUCCUUCGCGACCCGAAGAAGAGCUAUCAGCGGGAGCGUACCGAUCCCUUCGUGCCGGGCUCGAUGAUCGAGAAGUACGGCCUUCGCGAAGGCAUUCUCAUCAACGGCAUGUCGCAGCCCAAUCGCAAGCAGCAGGGCCCGCGGCUCCGAGAAAUUCACGAUAUCGACGGCAUGCCGCCGGACGAUUAUGUCAACGUGAAGUCUUUCGAUGAGCUGACCCCCAUCAACCCCGAAUCGUGGCUCAAGCUUGAGACGGGCCCCGAACCGCUCACCACGAGGGUGAUGGAUUUACUCACUCCAUUGGGCAAAGGCCAGCGAGCGCUAAUCGUCGCACCGCCGCGCAGCGGUAAGACGGUCAUGCUCCAACACAUCAGCAAGGCCAUCUCCGACAACCACCCGGAACUCACGCUGGUUGUUCUUCUGAUUGAUGAACGCCCGGAAGAAGUGACCGAGAUGGAGCGAAGUGUGAAUGGCGAAGUGGUGGCGAGCAGCCUCGAUCGCGAUGUGGAGAGUCACGUUCGCAUGUCGCAGCUCAUCGUCGAACGCUGCAAACGUCUGGCCGAAAUGGGUAAAGACGUAUUCCUGCUGAUGGACUCCAUCACACGUAUGGCCCGGGCCUUCAACAAAUGGGUUGGCAAUACCGGUCGAACAAUGAGCGGUGGUGUCGACAUCAAGGCGUUGGACAUCCCCAAGAAGCUGUUCGCCACGGCCCGCGUGUUUGAAGAAGGUGGCUCAUUGACGAUCGUCGCCACGGCCCUGGUCGACACCGGCAGCCGCAUGGACGAACUCAUCUUCCAAGAGUUCAAAGGUACCGGCAAUAUGGAACUCGUGCUCGAUCGCAAGCUGGCCGAUCGCCGUGUGUGGCCGGCCAUCGACAUCUCGCAGUCGGGUACUCGUAAGGAAGAAAAGCUGCUUCCGCCUGAGACCUUGCACGCGGUGACGAUGCUGCGACGGACGCUGAGUUCGAUGCACCACGUCGACGCCAUGGAGCAACUCACCUCGAAGCUCAGCAAGUUCAAGAGCAACGACGAGUUCAUCAAGCUCAUCAGCGGAGCCCAAGCUGCUACGUGA